AUGUCGUGGGCGACGAUUGCGCAGAAGGCAAAGGACACCACGCCAACAUCCACAGAGCCGAAGCGUGUCGUCUUCGCCCCCGUCGGAUCGAGUAACAACGAUGAUGAUGACGGCGACAACAACCCUUGGAGCCGCUUUGAAAACAUCCACAGCAGUACGAGUGCGGCACUCCCCGCGUACACCAAGGGUCUCCUCGUCCUCGACGCAAACGCUUUCAUCAAGGGGAUGGACAACUUCAAUGAUGUGGCCGAUGCCCUUCUGACGACGUCGCAGGUAGUCGCGGAAGUGCGGGACCGCGCGGCGCGCAAUUUGCUGCAGCGACUCCCCCACGCCCUGCAUGUGAUGGAGCCGUCGAAGGACGCGCUGGCCGCCGUCGUGGCGGUCGCCGAGAAGACAGGCGACUUGGGGGCGAUGAGCCGCACUGAUAUUCGUCUCUGCGCACUGGCGCUGGACUGCUGCAGAGCCACGCAGUCGCUGCUGGCGCCCAUUGAACCGCGACCGGCGAAGAUUAACCCCGGCGGCGAGCACGGCACUGCAAUCAUGACGGAGGUGAUGACUGACGACGAUGACGAUAACGACGAAGAAGAUGCGGAUGCAAAUGGCGUGGAGGAGCAAGAAAUGGGGGAAGAGCAGCAACCCGAAUCCAGCUUCAAUAACAAUAACAACACCAACACCAACAACAAUGAGGAGGAGGAGGAGGAUGAGGCGGGGUGGAUUACACCGGAAAACAUCCACCAGUGCGCGCCGGACGGCGCGAAGGUGGCGGGCGAGCGCUUCGACGGCGGCGUCGCGUGUGUCACGUCCGACUACGCGAUGCAGAACACACUGCUGCACUUAGGCGUCCCCAUUGUAGGGCCGCAGGGCAUGCGCAUCCGCGAGCUACGCCACUGGCUCCUCCGCUGCACCUCCUGCUUCGCCGUCACCACCGACACGACGCGGCAGUUCUGCGGGGCUUGUGGCAGCGGCGACACGCUGCGGCGUGUGCAGUACGUCGUGACGCGCGACGGCGAGCGGCAGCUGUUCAUCAACUUCCGCAAGGCGAUCAGCACGCGCGGAACGGUGUACAACCUGCCGAAGCCACGCGGGGGGAAGCGCGGUACCAACCGCUCCCUCGUGCUGCGCGAGGACCAGCUGGCACACGUCAUCCGUGGUACAACAUCUGCGAAGCUGAAGGCGAAGCACGUGGUGCACGGCGGCAGGGGCGACGACGACGACCUGGCGGCGUUCGGGGAGGCGCCGAAGCAGCACAAGCGCGAUCCGAAUCAACCACGCGUCUUCUCCUCGUACCACAAGUACAACGUGAAUGAGAAGAAGAAGGCACGUGCAUCCAGAAGGAAGUAG